UGCUUUGCAUCUUUUGUAUCUUUUCUGUGUGUAGCGAUGAAUAACAAUCCUCUUCGUAGAGUAGCAUCUUGCACCUUGCAGAUGCAUAUAAGCACCGCAGACUCGAUAUGAUUAGCAGCAGCUAUAGCUGACAGAUCAGGAGAGCACCAUGGCUAAGCUCCAGCUCCUCAGCAUUUUCCUGUCCAUGGCGGCGUUACUAGUGACUAGCGCGAGUGGUGGUGGUGGUGGCGGCGGCAUCCAGCUGAUCUUGGUGAACAACUGCGCGGAGUCGAUAUGGCCUGGCCUGCUGGGCACCGCCGGGCACCCGACACCGCAGUCGGGCGGCUUCCACCUGGCCCCGGGCGACGAGACCGCCUUCGACGUGCCGCUGGGCUGGUCCGGUCGCGUGUGGCCUCGCCGCGGCUGCUCCUUCGACGACCGCGGGCGGGGCAGCUGCGCCACGGGCGACUGCGGCGGCGUGCUCCGGUGCGACGGCCGCCCCGGCGCCACGCCGGCGACCGUGGUGGAGAUGACGCUGGGCACCCCCAGGUCGGCGCUGCACUUCUACGACGUGUCGCUGGUGGACGGUUUCAACGCGCCGGUGUCCAUGUCCCCGGUGGGCGGCGGCGCUGGGUGCGGCGUGGCCGGGUGCCAGGCGGACAUGAACGUCUGCUGCCCGUCGGCGCUGGAGGUGAGGGACAGGGAGGGGAAGGUGGCCGGGUGCCGGAGCGCGUGCAGGGCCAUGGGAGGCGACAGGUACUGCUGCACGGGGGACUACGCGUCGCCGGAGAGGUGCCGCCCCACCAUCUUCGCCCACGUCUUCAAGGCCGUCUGUCCCAAGGCCUACAGCUACGCCUACGACGACGCCACCUCCCUCAACCGCUGCAAGGCCAGCCGAUACCUCAUCACCUUCUGCCCGCCGCCCACAUCCAGGAAAUAAAUAGUUCAUCAUCUGCUAGUACACUCAUCCAUGCAUGUUCCCUUGUGCUCUAUGUAUCUUCUGUUCGUGCUUUAAGCUUUUUGUUCAGAGUUAUAGACUAUAUACGUGUAGCAUCUGAACCUAAUCGAUCAUGUAAUGACAUAUAUAACAACUAGUUUACCACAA